AACUUGACAAUGGUUUCGUGCAGUCUCUGAGAAGCAGCAGAGCGAACAGGGCGGAGUGACAAGAAGAGAGAAAAGCUGCAUCUUUUUUUGCGUCUUCUUUAAUUGUGGAAGAAAAAUAAGGUAAGAAAAUGGGUAAGAGAAAUACUUAGAAGAAGGAGCAGAAUUUGUUCCAAUUUGUUUGCUCCUCAUCGGAUGCAGCACACGUUUGUGAUCUUGGAAGUCAAGUGGAUGGCAGUGAAGCAAAGUGACUCAAGUGGAGGAUUUCAAAACAACUUAAGAGAAUCAAGUGUCUCAUUUUUAUUAAUGAGGAUUUCACUCACAAUCAAAGAUCAGUCGUAAAAGUUUUGGAUUGUCAUCAAGAUUAAACUUGGAAACAAAGGGAUAAAAAGAAGCAAUUUUGGUAAUAACGUGAUCGAGGUGAGCGUUAUGGCCAUCAACACGGACACCGACUUCCUCAAGUCCAACCUGGGCGAGGGCGGCGGCGGAGGCGGAGGAGGAGGAGGAGAAGGAGGAGGAGGAGGAGGAGGAGGAGGAGGCGGCGCCCAACUGGCUGACUUCCAGGAGACCCAGAAGCUGCUGGCCGUCACCAGCGAGCCCGAGGGACACGGCCUCAAGAUGUCCUCGUCCUUCUCCGUCAACAUGGAGCACAACCAGACCAAGGGGCCGGAGGCGGACCACAACGGCCACGGGGUGAGCAUGAGGUCAGGCUCCGCGGGGCAGCUGUCCGCCGCAGCGCCCCUCUCCCCGUCCAAAGUCAGCCUGAGCCGCUCGUCCACCGGCAACGCGACGGUGCAGGAGAGCCCCAAGCCCCGAGACUACCUGAUCCUGGUCAUCAUCUCCUGCUUCUUCCCCGUGUGGCCCGUCAGCAUCGUGGCCCUCGUCUAUUCCAUCAUGUCCAGAAACAGUCUCCAGGCGGGGGACGUGGACGGGGCCAGAAGACUCGGUCGACUCGCUCGUCUGCUCAGUAUCGUCUCCAUCGUGCUGGGCGUGGUCGCCAUCAUCGUCUUUGUCUCGCUUUCAGCAAUCAACUGACAAGGAAGACCUGAAGGAAAAAACAAAACAGCCGUGAAGGCAAUACCACGGAUGCAACAACAACAAAAGCCCAUUCCAAAAAAUAAAAAAUAAUAAUAAUAAUGAUGUAUACAUAAAAGUUGAUACCUCUUUACUUCUAGCGUUACUGUAAUUAUGACAUCAUGAGAAAGCAAACACUCACGAUACCAGAAAGAAACCCGAGAUGCAUGCAUUAGACUCCACUAACAUGUUUGCUUGACCAAAAAAUAAGAAUGAUACAAACCUGAUACCACAUUGUUAAGGAGAAAAAAAAAAAAAAAGAGAAAGAAGAUUUCGAUAUGUAUGCCAAUGUGUUGGGAAUAAACUUUUAAAAGGAGCAGAUGAGUGAGCAUAGAAGACUUUUUCUACAUGUGUGACGGGAUGCUUGAACACUUUUUCUCUUUGGACUUCAACAUUUGGACAGCGCCCAUAUAACCCUCAUAUAUUCCUGCUGCGUUGGAAGCCUAUACAGCUGAUUCAUGAGAGAUAUACAUUUUAUAACAUGUUUGGAAUGUCAAGCUGGGACAGCGGAAGAAUCGGAUAAAAUAGGGAGAGGACGCAUUUGAAACGUUUUGGUUUUCUUUCACCAUUUUUUUUUUUUAAACCGUGAGAGUAAUUGCAUGCCUCAAUGUGGAUGUGGAAAAUUCAGCCUCUGUAUUAUUGAUGGUUUUUAAAGUCCAAAACAAUGAAAGGUAAUGUGAACACGAGGAGAGUCUUGCGUGUGAAGACUGAAUUGAGACCCAAAAUAUUAUCCUAAUAUAACAUUAUUAUGCUGCUUUGUACUGGUAAAUACACAAAUGCACCAACUCCUAAUCCUCUAGGACACAGUGGUUGCACCCAAUUGGACUAUUUUUUUUUUGCUCUAGUUCUUCACCUUGUGCCCUUAAUCUGUUUACAAACUUUCUACUUGUCUUACAGUACAUCAUCACUGCUACAUUGUGAUAUUGUUGCAAUUGUUUCAUCAAUGUUUUUUUCUGCUCCUUGGUAUAGGUAUGACAUGUAUUUAUAAGGGAAAACAUAUGCAAUAUUUACGCAUGUUGUAUGCAUUUUUGUAAGCGAGGCGGUUAAUCGGUUUAUUUACAUUUUCAAAAUCCAAAUUUAACAGUCAAUGUGGAGUCCACUGUGGACACACACAUUUACUCACUCAAGGCUGCUGCACUGACAUAGCAAAUAAGCAUCGGAUCAAACUUUGGCACACAAACAUUUUUCACUCACACUCUCCACAGGAAUAAUAAUGUCAGAUGCUCACAAAUCAUAUUAAUAAAACUAUGCAAUGAAUUCCAGAGAGACAAUAAACAAUGCUGCCCCUACCAAGUCCAACAUGUUCACUUACUGGCUACAUAUUUUUCAUAAAAACAUACAUAAGCAGCCUUAUCCAAUGAUUGCCUUUAUUUAGCAUAAAUUCACAAACCAUUAACAUUGGAAGUAAAAGCAUUUAUCAAGAUUACACACAAUUUAUUAUGAUGAUGGUUUAUUUCUUUUGUACGUGUUACUAUCUUGGUGUAACGAUUGUCUGCAAUUUCAUCUUUGUGGUGUACAAUUUGCAUGUUUGGAAUAAAUGUUACCAUGCAUGGCCAA